CGUGGGGGUGUGGUUGGUACGCCCAGGUCGUGAAAUUGCUUGCGUGCCUUUCGGUUCUCUGGUUGACUUGUGUAGUUGUGUUCGUAUCACCAUUGGUAUCCCUCUCUACGAGACGGUUUGUUAAGAUAUGGCUACUCUUGCGGCAUCUCGGCAGCCACCUCCUCCCCUUGAAUUGGAUAAAGAUAUUAACCGAGUCCUUCAUCUGUUGGAAGUGCUACAAGAGAGAGAUGACGCAUCUCUCCCGAAGAAGCAGAUGGAACUCCUCUCUGACAUACUCAAGUCUGCUUUCUUCAACUCAGUCAAGGAUGUGUAUGAGCAUGUGUACAAGACGGUGGAUGUAUCGGGGAGUCCAGAAGUCAUGGCCAUCGCCACAGCAAAGGCAACUGUUGCAGCAUUCGCUGCCAGUGAAGGUCAGGGACAUCCCAGAAUUGUCGACAUUGAGAAGACUACGGAGGGGUUUGGCUUCAAUGUCAUGGGAGGAAUUGAGCAGAAGUGCCCAAUCUACAUAUCCAGGAUCAUUGCCGGCGGCUAUGCCGACAGACAUGGAGGACUAAGGAGGGGAGACCAGCUCCUCUCUGUCAAUGGAGAGUCACUGGAAGAGGCGUCCCAUGAGAGAGCCAUUGAUCUGCUGAAAGGAGCUUCUGGAAAGGUGAAGGUAGUAGUCAAGUACUCUCCCAAGGUCCUGGAGGAGAUGGAGCAGAGGUUUGAGCACUCCAAGUCCUUCCGACGUGGCCGCUCCUCCCGCAAGUAGAGAACAGUCAUCAUCUCCUGGCCUUACAAUACUAGCUACUCUCAGUUUUUAUUUCAUUGCGUGUUGCUUUGUAGUUAGGUGCAAUGAAUAAUAAUGUGCUCAUGAACAGGGCCUUCAUUUUUAUACAUUAUUGUGUGAUGCAUGCGCCAAAGUUCUCACUCCAUACAAGCUGUACAUAAUUAUUCUCAAUUUGCUUUGUACUUCAGUGCAAUUAAUAAAAAUUUUGUGUAUAAUUAUACUACGAUUGCCUUCAUGGGUUACACACCCAAAACUAGUAAUUUUAAAACUUAUUCGUACUACCUUUCAAUGGAAAAUAAUAUUGGGCAU